CCCCCGUCAAGAAAGUGAAAGUGGAUUCCCGCAUCCCGCAAUCGCAGUUCUGGCUUGCCCCAUCCCCCCUUCCUCCACUCCCGUUCCGUAAUCCCGACAAUAUAAAGACCGGCGCAAAACCGCAACCUUCACAUCCCGCAAUGUCAUCGCGCACCGCACUCCGUACCCUCACCAGACCAACCAUCACCACCAACCUCAUCCGCCCUCCCUAUCCUCAAACAGCAGCAACACCGCGAACCCUCACAAUGACAUCCCAAAACAACUCCAAAUUCUCCGGCGGCACCCAAGCAACCCACAACCCCCACCCAGACUUCAAAUCCGUAGAAUCCACCCGCCCGCCCUUCAACACCGAAGCCUCCAUCACCUUCACAAAAACAAUCUCCCCCGACUGGUCCUUCGGCUCCGGCGCGAACCCCCUAGGCCAACCCGGCCUCUCAACACCACACGUAGCAAUCGACCCCCACGCCGAGGGUCGCCCAGCAGGCUUCAACUACAAACUCCUCAUCUCCGCCAUCACCCCGCGCCCCAUCGCCUUCCUCUCCACCCGCUCCGCAGACGGCACCGUGACGAACCUCGCGCCGUUCAGCUACUUCAACAUGGUGAACCACGACCCGCCAAUGUUCGUCGUGGGCUUCGCCGCGUCCAUCGAGAAACCUAAAGAUUCGCUUAAGUGCCUGCUCGAGAGUAAAGAGUGCGUCAUCAACAUCAUCUCCGAGGGCUUCCUCGAGGCCGCCAACUCGACGUCCGUCAACGCGCCGUACGGGAAAUCGGAGUGGGAUGUGAGUGGCUUGACGCCCGUACACGACUGCAAGCAUUUGCAAGCCGCGCGCGUAAAGGAGGCCGUCUUCAGCGUCGAGGGGAAGCUUGACUUCGUGAAAGAGUGGGAUUCGCGCGCUACCCCGGGCAAGAAGAGCGGUGUUACUGCGUUUAUCGAGGGUGUCAACUUUUGGGUGAGGGAGGAUGCCAUCAACGAGCAGAAGAACAUUGUCGAUCCUACUGUACUGCGCCCUGUCAGCAGGUUAGGAGGCAUCACUUACGGCCGCACCAUCGACGUCUUGGAGAUCCCGAGAGCGGACUGGGAUAGCAACAUUGGUGGUGAGGAAGGCUACGAGAAGCUCAAGAAGAGUAAGCAGUAGAGACUCAACGAAAUGUCAUUCGAGAACCAAGACGCACAAUUGUGUAUCCAGGUAAAUGUGGUGUUAGAGAAAACCAACAACAAUACGAUGCGCAUACGCCCCCGAGAUAUAAUAUAUAGAAAUUAGGUGGCAUUCAAGCAAGACGCGGCAGCCCAUCAUCAUCACGGCUGCCGAUGGAUAUAUAGAAUGCGACAAAUGGUGCGCGU